AUAUGUGUAUAUGUAUAUAUGUAUAUAUAUGUAUAUAUGUAUAUAUAUGUGUAUAUGUCUAUGACUUUUUGACAACACAGUACAUAGUAUAAUAAUAGUACUUCGCUAAUUCAUAAUGCAGACAAAGAAAACAAAACGCUGUGUUCUUGUGGUUUGUGGAGUGAAAAAACGAUCAAACCGUUACUGAAGUGUUUUGCAUCUCAUGGUCCCGUGUAUGUGACUAGAUAGGAUUAGGGGGAAACCUUCUGCUUUUGUUUUACAAAAAGCCAUUUAGAAUGACCAUGUGAAGCACAUGAACAGCUUUCAGGACAUCACAACAGACUCAAGAUGUCUAACAGAGUCCUAAAAGCCAGCUCUCAUUGUGCAUUGUGUUCUGUGUCCCAGUGUCCGUCCACCCGCUGUCUCUCCACCGUGUCCCACUCCGAGGACGGGAACCUCAUUUACACCGGCAGCCUGGGCAGCGCUGUUCGAGGCGUGAAACUGUUUUCCUACAGCACCAGCGGGACCAGCCUCUUCCUCGUGCCCCACACCCUCCUGAAGACCGGACUAGUGGUCCAGAGCUUUGCCAUGAAGGCCACUUUCUGUGGAGUCAUUGGAUUCUUCACCUUCCUCACCCCUGUCCUCCUCCACCUCAUCACCAAGGGCUACGUGGUCCGCCUGUACCACAACCCGGACAGAGACACCUACACAGCCGUCACCUACAGCGUCUUCCUCACAGAAAAGAAGAGUGUGUUCCACCAGAGGCAGGUCAGGAUCCCAGCUGUCAGCCAGAUGUUCACCAGCUUCUAUGCUGGUAAAAUGGGGCUCCUGGUAAACCCGGACAUGUUCCCCGUUCCACAGGACUACAACCACCUGAUGGGCUACGACAAGCCCUUCAGCUUUGACACAGACCAAGUAAAUAAACCUGAUGAGAGCUGAACUGUGCUGGUGUAGCAAGGAUCUCUCAAACAAUAUUUUGAUGGAUAUUUCAUGUUAAUAAAUUAUAUCAUCAUUAACCUGUUUGAAAUGGUUAUGGUUUUCUCUCUCUCGCUCUCUGGAAAGUGUUUUCUUUUAAAAAUGUGUUCAUGUUUUCAGACGUUGUGUGUAGGCAACAUUUCCAUGUAUUAAUAACAUAUUUUCUGAAGUACAGUGUCAUUUCCUGUCUAAAGCUGGGGGCAAACAUCAGGUUAGUCAGUAACCUAUAUCAGCCAGUGUAAGAUCUGUGCUUAUACUCUACUGGUCAUCCCAUUAGGAAGUCUUGGCAAUUUAAAAUCAGUUGCCGUCUAGGGUGAUGAGAUUGAGGCAACACAUUGGUCAAACACAUUUGUCUUUCAAUUAUCUUACAGCUCUUUGCAAAGCAUCAAUUAUUUUUCAAGAUAAUUAGAAAAGCACAAAGAAUGAGAACAUUUACGCAAAGUUUUAUAACAUGAAGAAACAUGAUGCUACAGUGGGUUAUCAAACGGAAAUAUGCGUGUCAAACAGCAUGCCAUUACACAGCAGUGCAGUCAAAGGAAUACAAAUGCAAUACAAUCAAAUGUCAGGAUGUAUGCCAUAGUUUUGUAUGUGGGUAACACAUUCUUUUCCAGAAACGUCAUCCUACUUCAUCAAAAUCAAAGACAGUCCUUUCAGUCCACCCGAAGAGCAGCCGCCCCCCUUCAGGAAGAGGCUGGCUUCAGUCCUCAACGUGGCCCCACACAUACUAAAUCUAUAUCUUUAACACUGCGGAAUCCUUUCCAAACAUGGAUGAAAAUAAGACUUUCUCAGUUAUUUGGGUAAUUGUAAUUCCUAACAUGCCGCCAGUAGAUGCUGAUUCCUAAGUGUAACAGUGUACGAGCAUUUUGGCAAGUCACUUGUGUUGCUUGUUACUUGCCGUCGGACGAGAUGAUCAGUUUCUUUUUUAUCUCCCAUUUCAUCAUACCUCAUCCAGCACAGAACGGUUCUACGUUUCCACCGUAGAACCGAGACUGGAUGCAGGGGGAAACUUCUAGUCUAGGUCCAUCACAAAUUACAACAAUACACCUUCCUAACACAGCUGUACUCAGUUCUCUAUCGCCUCAGACCUGUUCCACUCGUGUGGAUGUUUUGACUUGGACUUGUUUUGAUCUCAGCCUCCGGUCAAAUCUUUGGUCUCGACCGGCCCAAGAUCAGUUAGGUUUAUAUAUUUUUUUUUUUGUGGACAGCACGGCUGGCUACUAUCUCAGCACACUGGAGAGCGGCCAGAUCCCUUUAUUUCUUAUACUAUUCUGAGUAGUGCAGAUACUGAUAAUGUUCCACUGAAAACCAACGUUCUGUCUUAACUUGCACUCGAUCCCCUUGUGGACUUGGUAUUGAAUUUAUCUCAAAACCCAAACGUCUCAGCUGAAAAAGCGCUGACAAGCGCCUCCAGCUGGGCUUUAGGAAAAGAACCUGGAAAAAAGAGCUUUGGUGGACACAGCGUCUUCUGAACCAACCAACGUCCUGUCCUCACAGUGGGAUGUCAGGUCUGGGCUCUGUCGUAUCUCUGCUGUCAACAAAGAGGGCUCUUGGAUGGAACUUGCCAGUCAAACAUUUGGUGGAAGGUGUAUCGGUUCACUUGUGAUUGAGCUAGGCUAGCAUCCAAUCUUUGUGCUAACCACGGCUAAAGUCAUCCCUCAACUGUCUCCAUACUGAACCAAGAUAAACUUCCUCUUACUGACUCUUGACCUUGAGUCAGAUGGCACACAAGAAGAUUUCCAAAAUGUUGUAAUAGAAACCUUACGGCCCGUGGUUUCCCUUUUAGAUAAUAGAUAUGUUUUUGCACACUAGCAUUGCUAACAUAAGACAAACUCUACCUCAGAAAUCUGAAAAAGCAAAACAAACCAGUGAGUCGAGCUCUUGUGGCCUGACAGGACUCAGUUUAUUCUUCAAAAGCUGAACCUCCCCCUGAACUCAUUUGGCAUCAGAAACAGUAAAAUAAAAUAUGCAAAGUUUCAGCAAUCAAUGCUCAAAAGUCAUCAAGAGAUACUUGUCAGUCACGUAGAUGCAAAAACAAAAGUGUGACAUUAACUUUCCGGCCGUAGUCCAAAUGAUGCGCACAAAGUGAUGAUGGCUACAUCUCCUUCACUCACACACACACACACACACACACACACACACACACACACACACACACACACACACA